GCACGGCGACUCGUGUUGCGUACUUGGGCCAGUCUGACCGCCGCGAGCGAGCGCGGCGGCUUCGCUAUAUAUGCAUCAGAGACCUCGAUUGCCCAACCCAACCAACCAACCACCGCCGCGGCAGCAGAAGGAUCCCCAAUUUCCGCGAAAAACCCUCGAAUUCGACCCGGCAUCCCGGCGCGUCGGUUGUUCCCCGAUGGAGGCAGCAGCAGCAGCCGCCGCGGCGCUCUUGUCGCCGCCCGCCGCCGCCGCGCCCUCGCGGCGGCCUGGGACUCCCGGUGCUACCUCGCUCCCCUUCGCCCGGAGGCGCGGUGUCGCCGCCGUCAAGGGUCUUGGACGGCAGCAGCUCACCUGCAGAAGGCGAGGCGUCGUCGUGAGGGCGGCGUCGUGGUCGCCGUCGGGGCCGGAGUCGCUGCCGCCGCCGCCGUCGUCGUCGAUCGCGCCGCUCCAGAUGGAGUCGCCGGUGGGGCAGUUCCUCUCGCAGAUCCUGGCCACGCACCCGCACCUGCUUCCCGCCGCCGCCGAGCAGCAGCUCGAGCAGCUCCAGACCGACCGCGACGCCGCCAAGGACAACGGCGGCGACAAGCCCGCGCCGUCGGACGGCGACAUCGUGCUGUACAGGCGGAUUGCUGAGGUCAAGGAAAAGGAGCGCAAGAGGGCUUUGGAGGAGAUACUCUAUGCACUUGUUGUCCAGAAGUUUGUUGAAGCUGGUGUUUCUUUGGUUCCAGCUCUUUCCCACUCUAUCAGUUCUUCUGGAAGAGUUGAUCAGUGGGCAGAAUCUGUGGAAGGGAAACUUGAGAAGAUGCAUUCACAGGAGGCAUAUGAAAUGAUCGAGAACCACCUCGCUCUCAUCCUGGGGCAGCGGCAAGCUGAUGCCACUGUUGCGGCCAUAAGUAAACUCCGAGUUGGUCAGGUGUAUGCUGCUUCUGUGAUGUAUGGUUACUUCCUUAAGAGAGUCGAUCAGAGAUUUCAGCUCGAGAAGUCAAUGAAGACCCUCCCUUGGGGAUCAGAAGAGGAAGACAAGCUCAACCAAGUUAUGACAACGGACUCAAGGCCCUCACCCCAGACUUCUACUUCACAUCCAGAGAUGGCAUCAUGGACUUCCCCUAACUUCAGUGCAGGCGGACCUAGCCAAUCUGUUAAGCCAUGCCGUCUUAGAUCGUAUGUCAUGUCAUUUGAUUCAGAGACCCUACAAAGUUACGCAACAAUCAGGUCCAAGGAGGCAUUUGGCAUCAUCGAGAAGCACACUGAGGCACUAUUUGGUAAACCAGAGAUUGUAAUCACACCUGAAGGCACAGUCGAUUCUUCCAAGGAUGAACAUGUCAGGAUAAGUUUCGCAGGGUUGAGAAGGCUGAUCUUAGAGGCUGUUACUUUUGGAUCCUUCCUUUGGGAUGUUGAGAGCUUUGUGGACACCAGGUACCAUUUUGUGGCCAACUAGUUGAUCCUACAAAGUUUCAUCCCAGAUAGUGGAGAUUAGUGUGUAUAUUUGGUCCGAAGUGUAUGGGUUUCAAUGAAGACUCUUUGCAAAACGAAUUUCUCCUGGCUCUAUGCAGAUCGCAGAGAUCUAUGAUUUUUACACAGUUUUCGGGCAUAUAGCUUCAAUGUAAAAUGGAUAUUUUUUUAGCCUAAUGUGCAGCUGUUAGUUCCUGGUAACACUUGGGCUGCUUGGGCCUUGGGUGAUGUAUAAUGUUUUAUGACUUGAUGUCUGGAAAUUGAAUGAGGAAUCCUAGCUAGCUCUAGUUCAAACUUUACCAA